AUGGUAUUUUGCCAAGUGUCAAGGCAGUCAUCAGAUGCUCAGGUUCCCCCUGCCCCACCUCCCACAGAACGUCGGAAAAGGAACAGGGCACCAAGAGGGGAAACAAGAAACGCGCCAGAGCGCGUGCGAGAGAAACUCUCCGGCGAGCCGGCGUCCGCCGCUGCGGCCAAUGAGACGGCGGAGAGGGGAGAGGGAGGCGGGGCGUGGGUGGAUGGGCGGCCUCCGCCUUUAGGGGAGAGCGCGGGACGGGCGGGGCCCCAGAGGAGCUUUGGGGCUGGGGAGCGUUGGGGCUCCCCUUUGGUUGGCGGCUGCACGCGCGACUCCUGCUGCUCCCAAGCGGCAGCGGCGACCGUCCCUCUGGUGAUCCGCCAGGCAUCGCGUUGUCUUGGGGCGCUCGGCCCGUCGAGCCCGAUGUGCGAAUUGCUUGACUCGCAGCAGCCGGCCGAGAAACUGAGCAGAAUGAAAAAGUUACGGCGAACUUUGUCGGAGAGUUUCGGCAGACUAGCCUUGAACAAAGAUGAUAAUGGCUUUGAUGAGGUAAGUUACAUUUUCUAUUUCAAAUUUUAUUUAAACAUAUAUUGGGCAAAAUAUUACAAAUUAGAAAGAUGAAUUAAAAAGAAUAAUAGCGACUAAAAGAAUUAUUUAUACAACACAAACACAUAAACCAUGAAAAAAGUACAAAAAACAAAUUAAUGUAAUUUGAUAUAUUUAUUUAUUUGACUUAUAUACCGCUUUAAGUGCAAGCACUCUCUAAGCGGUGUACACCAGUAAGCAAUGUAUAUAUAUAUAUUUACAUUGCCCCCAACAAUCUGGGUCCUCAUUACAUUUCUAAUUGUAAGAAUACUCAAUUUU